AGUGCUGUGAUAGUGGUCAAGGAAGCUUAACGUUUAUUUGUUUUUCGUUUCGAACUCACGGUCAACUAAGACAAAAUGGAGAAAGCAGAAUUGAGCAAGGAUCAAAUGAAAAUCCUGAAGGAUGCCUUCGAUGCGUUCGAUAUUGAGAAGAAGGGCAGCAUCUCGCUGGAAGUGAUCGGUACGAUCAUGGACCUGCUGGGAUACGCGUUGUCCGAGGAAGAGCUGAAAGAGGUAAUGGAGGACUACGAUGAGGAUGAAUCGGGACAGAUCGAGUUCGAGGAGUUUAUCGAACUGGCAUCGAAUUACGUAGAGCCGGAGGAAGACUACGAUGUAUUGCGGGCCGAACUUCGCGAAGUGUUCAUGCUGUACGAUAAGGAUGGGUCGGGUUUCAUUCCGGUGAACUCGUUCAAGGCGAUCCUCCGAGAGCUGGACGGUGCGGUACCCGAGAACGAGCUGGAUGACAUCGUGGAUGAGAUUGAUGCCGAUGGGUCGGGCACGGUUGACUUUGAAGAAUUCAUGACGGUUAUGACAGGUCCAAACGAAUAAGCGAAAACCACCAACUUCGGACAGGAGGCUGUACUGGAAUACGGCAAACGGUGCCCGGAACUUAAGGAAACUGUUCGCAACGAUGUGCUCUUGAAUUACACACAGAUAUUUGCCGUUCAGAAAAGCGCAAAGUUUCAGUCAAUUGAUUUUGUGUAAGUGAAGAUUCAUCGUGCUGCUAACAAUAAUAUCAUAAAGCCUUGUAAAAGCAAUCAUUCCGAGAUAAAGACAUGUGAGAAAUAAAAUCAUGUUAACCCCUUACGGUUAACG